AUGGCUUCAGGAACCGUCGACCCCUCGACACCUAGUGGUGUGCAGGGCUCAUCGGCCGCGGCUAUUUCCGAUCGUCAAAGUCGUGAUGAAUUUCCCGAAAGUGAAAAGCGCACAGUAGCCUCUGCCGGACGACAGACACAGCGACAUCCGAACCCUUUCGUCAUCACCGAGCGGCCGGAGGAAAAGCAGUUAACUAUAGCAUCGCGCCAGCUCAGCGUUAGGGACUUCGUUCUGCUGAAAACGCUUGGCACCGGUACUUUCGCCCGAGUAUGGCUGGCGAGAUUUCGGGAUGGGAAAACGAGUCCGGAGAAGGUGUACGCGCUAAAAAUCCUGAGAAAAGCGGAUGUUAUCAAACUCAAGCAAGUCGAACAUGUUCGCAACGAACGGAGGACACUGGCGGAUGUGUCGGGCCAUCCUUUUAUCACGUCCUUGAUCGCAUCUUUCUCGGACAAUCAAAGCCUAUAUAUGCUGCUGGACUAUUGCCCCGGUGGUGAGAUAUUCAGCUACCUGCGUCGCGCACGGCGGUUUAAUGAAAACACCUCGAAAUUUUACGCCGCCGAAAUCACCAUGACGAUUGAGUUUCUCCAUGAUGCUGAAGGCGUGGUCUAUCGCGAUCUGAAACCGGAGAAUAUUCUUCUCGAUGCCGAUGGGCAUAUCAAGCUUGUUGAUUUCGGCUUCGCGAAGCAAAUCGGCGACCGUGAAACAUAUACACUUUGUGGUACUCCAGAGUACCUAGCCCCCGAGGUGAUACAUAAUAGUGGACACGGCCUUGCCGUAGAUUGGUGGGCUUUGGGGAUUCUAAUAUAUGAGUUUUUGGUGGGACAGCCUCCUUUCUGGGACCAGAAUCCGAUGCGCAUCUACGAACAAAUCGUCGAGGGUAGGAUACGCUUCCCUCAAACGAUGUCACCAGCCGCGCAAAACAUAAUUUCUUUAUUAUGCAAGACAAUCCCAGCUGAGCGUCUUGGACAUAUAUCAGGUGGCUCGGCAAGGGUAAGAUCCCAUCCGUUCUUUUCGGAUAUCAACUGGGAUGAUCUUUAUUAUCGCCGUAUCAAAGGCCCGAUUAUACCCCGUGUCGACCAUCCCGCGGACACGGGGAACUUUGAAGAGUACCCUGAUCCUGACCUGAAGUCUCAAAGCUUGUAUACCGAUGAUAUGCGAUCCAAAUAUGAAACCCUGUUCAGUGAUUUCUAG